AUGGGGCGGCAGGCUUAUAGAAAUCGACUUGCUCUGGGCCGGUCUCCGUACGAGCCCCCCGAGCCUCCUGUGGGCGCCGCUGCUGAUGCAUCUGGCCGAGUUCACCGGAGGGCUUCCGCUGUCCAUGCGGACGGAUACAUUCAGCAUUAUGACGAACGAGGGCAUCCGAUAAACCCAGAUUCUAAGAGCUUUGGCAGGGAGUUACGAAGAGCUAAGAAUGACAUCCUUUCAACAAUGGGGAUUGUCGUAAGUGAAGACCGGAAUGCUGGCGCCCCAAACGAGCAGCAGAAGAUCGAUACGAUUGCUGCCGAAAACGACUAUGGACUGAUCAUGGCCACUUUUGACCAAGUCGCUGUCUUCAUCAGUUCAUGGUGGACCUCGUCGUUGACAGGGCGAAUACAGGCAUUCAAGAGCUACACCAAUGUUCCUCUAUUGGGUAUCAUAAGUCGUGAACGCUCAUCUAUGGGAAUAAUGGGAUUUUACUUCUCCGGAAUUCCUGCAUGGGCAGUGUCUACUUGUCUAUCUAUCUGUCGCCAUCAUCCCCUUGAUCGCAUUGUUGCCUCUCUGCAGAACGAGCAUCUCGGUGAUGACCCCUGGUCGCGACUUGUGCGGGCCUCGCUCAACAUAUUUCAUUCUGCGGCGAGGGGCACUCUGCUUGUCUUGGCAUUGCAGACAUAUGUAUACUCAUUACUGCAGUCCCUGCAUCUAGUCCAACCGUACUCUCUUCCGGGUAUUCAGUUCCUUUUCCCGAUAGGCAACUUGACGUCAAUGCAUUUUCCGCCUUUGCCUACUGAGCUCUCCUUCAAACCCAUCAUCGACUUUGCGCUGGGGUUAUCCAAGUCUCCUUCUCUUCUCGUCUAUCUCUAUGUAUACCUGCGGCCCGUAAUAGAAAUAAGGAUCUAUCGCUUGAUCCGCCGAAGAUUACCGAAGCCGAGCCUUGCGGAUGAACUCUCCAUCAAAGUGGCGUUCGAAAAUGAUCUGUUAGAUUGGAUGGUACCAACUCUUGGACGCAGAUCAGAGGAAGAGAAUCGCCGCAGUAAUCUGUCUCUUACAGACGAUGUGAUUUACGAAUUGUCUUCUUUCAGAGACUGGAUGUUGUCGUUGGUUCGUCUUAGGCCACGUCGGGAACCUACAGAGAAGGCGAGCUCGUCACUUAGGGACGGGCGGGUAGAUCCUCUACGUCUGAACAUGGCAGACCUACAAACAGAGCUCAAUUCUUCGCAUUACCGGUCUUAUUUACCCCAGGAAGAGCAUUUACGGCCUACCGCUUCUCCUGAGGAGCUGGCUCUCCAGGAUCAUGCUGAAGCUGCGCAGUCCGGGUCUUCUGGACUAAAUGUUUCCACACAGGGGCAUGGCCAAGAUGCAGACUAUAACGAAAAUCGGGUCCUAUCCGGUGAAGACGAUCUGAUUUCUCAGUCGCCCGCCGAGUUGAGCACAGGUUUCUCCUUGGAGGCAGCUACACUAGGGGAACCAACCACCAUCUCUUCUGCUGUAGAUUCAUCCAACCCAUCGGCAGAUACUCAUCGCCCCUUUGAGCAAGCUCAGAGCCGGCUCAACUCACGAUCCGAUACCCUUCUAUCUCGGCGGUCGUCUCCUGCAACAUCUCCUCCGACCUCACCACGUGUCCGAGCAUCGUUAAUCCAUCAGAAUUCGGAUGUCAUCACCAUGCAGCUAGAAGUCUUGGGAAACCGUAAUACUCACAACCAGAGUCCACAGAAUCCAAGAACUGCCAACGAAAUCGAUCGGUCCGACUACAAUGGAGCGCCCGCAGACCGUAGGUCAAUUCAGGAUUUCCUGGACAAUCUUCUAGCGAAUCAGGGACAAAGUCUCGCUACGGUAGCUGGGUCAGAAGCUGUAGACAGCGAUGGACUUUCUAAUAUGACCACCGCACUGUCUCCUGAAACCGGUGACGGUGCGUCAAGUAUUCCAUUACACGAUCAAGCUCAUGGUCAGCGCACAUUAGAUGAGCAGCCUACGCAUGUUACUCCCGCCACGCAACCGGUCACAACACUCGCCAACAUUCUACCAGACAGCGUGGAAGAACCAAGCCAGGACGACAAUCUUGAGCCGACCUCAGACGCGGACGUCCUUCAUGCCGGUACUUCCGAUGGGGAGCUGCCACCGCCACUAGUAGACGCUCUCGCUUCUGGUGACAUGCCAGCCGACCCCUCCUCUGUCCCACACCGCGUCACAAUCCUUUCCUGUCAUCCAGUCGACUCUCUUGCUUCACAUCUCGCCUCUAUUAUCACCACUGCGCUCUUCAUCCCCCUCGAGUCAUACUAUUUGCGUUCCCUCGCCUCUUCCUAUCUGUCAUCCGUAGGGUCCCCUCGACGUUCCGACGUCCGUCCCCUCGGAGCAUGGGGCGGAGGUGGCUCUUCUCUGGAUAUAAUGGCAUACAUGGGCAAGAUGGCCCUGAUGGUUGGCCUGCAAGCUGCAGUGAAUGCAAGUGUGUGGGGGGUGAUAUCAGGCGCUGCAAUCAGGAUCGGCAAGCGAUUCUGUGGUUGGGGAAAUCUAUGA